UUUUUGAAAAAGGUUUUCAGUGUUAACGACUUUUAAAAGAUUUUUUGAGUUUGGGUUAGCAAUGUUUAUGGAAAAGAAUCAUUUCGGGGGUUUUCGUGGAAAUAAGAAGGUUGAAGAGGAUAGUGGAGAUACGUUUAAAAUAAAACGAAGGGCGAACGGCCCGAUGAUGACAAUGGAUGUGUCCAAGAACGAAUCCUCCUCAAAACCAAACUCGGGGGGACCUCAAGAGUGUGCCGGAUGUUGUAAACCGAUCACCGACAGGUUCCUAUUGAAAGCUUUGGAUCUUUAUUGGCACGAAGAUUGUUUGAAAUGUGGUUGUUGCGAUUGCCGAUUGGGGGAAGUUGGUUCAACGUUGUAUACUAAAGCAAAUUUGAUUUUGUGCAAAAGAGACUAUUUGAGACUCUUUGGUAAUAUUGGUUAUUGUGCCGCGUGUAGCAAAAUCAUUCCUGCUUUCGAAAUGGUUAUGAGGGCUAGAAGCAAUGUGUAUCACUUGGAAUGUUUUGCGUGUCAACAAUGUAAUCAUAGGUUUUGUGUUGGUGAUAGAUUUUAUUUAUGUGAAAACAAAAUCCUUUGCGAAUAUGAUUACGAAGAACGAUUAGUCUUUGCAAAUAUGGCGUACAACCCACCACCUUUAGCCCAUUUAAAACGACAAACAGCUAUACCACCAACUCCAAUUCCAAAUCAAAUGAUGAAUGGUCAUCGACCUCCAGUUCCGUCAUCAAACGGCGAUUUAAAUAAUAAUAUGUCGGGUUCCGGUCAACCACCCCCAAAUACAAUGGCUCAACCCUUCGCAAAUGCAGCCGGUCAUUUAAAAUCUGCCGCAAUGUCUUUGGGAGCAACUAGCUGAAACUGACAUUAAGUGACGAUAAACUGUGAUUAAGAUUUAAAGUGGUGAUGAUUUUAUGAUAAGUAGUGGUUUUAAUUGUGACGAUUAAAAUAAAUUCAAAAGAUCAUAAUAAUUAUAAAGAGUAGAGGAAGAAAAAUUAAUGCUCAAGUGUAAAAAACAAGUUGUUUCAAGUAUUUAAAAAAUCAUGGAUUAAAUAGUGUUUUAAGAGAUUCUUUGUGAAAAAAAAAGAAAAGGAUUAAAAGUGUUUGUACAUCUUCAUCUUUGUAAAUAGUGAUCGUUAAUUAAAUUAACCAUUCCUUAUCACUUAAUUAUAAAAUUAUUUGUAAAUAGGUGAGAAAAAAUGUAAUUAUUUCAAAAGAAAAAUAUUAAAUUAACUUUAAGAUGAUAUAAUCUGAAACACAAAAACAUGUUAAAAACAUAAAUAACGAAGAACUCGUAAUAGAUUAAUAGUGGAAAAAAAUUGACUUUGUGUCAAUCAUCCUACAAUAUUCUGUAUAUAAAUGAUAUCUAUGGUCACCGCCCGUUAAGAAAGAUUUAUAAAUUAUUUCGUUUUAAUAAUCUUUUUCUCAAAAGGCGAGAUAAAAUAAAAUUAUAAAUAAAUAAUAGGUGCCAAUUCAAAAAAAAACCUACAUUUUCAUUAAUAAUUUUUAAUUUCCAACUUAUACCAAAUGAUUUCGACCAAAGAAAUAAACUAGUACGAUGAUUAAAAAA